GCAGCUCCUGGCUAUCCUUCCCCCAGAGAUGGAGGGCUGGGUGCGGGAGUGUGGAGCAGAGACCAGCUCUCAGGCGGUGGGCCCUGGCUGAAGGCUUCCUCCUGAGCCAGGCGGAGGAGCAGAAGGAGCAGGUCCAGUUGCAGUGCUGCACUGUGGAGAUCAGAGAUCCCGAGGGAAAGAAGAACCCAUCAAAUCCCCCUCAGAAGCUAUUUUUCAAUGGGAUCCUUUGGGAAGAUCAAAGUCUGGACACUGCAGGAGAGAAACAGAGAAUGAAGUUUUCUGCUUUUUACGAUGGAGCUCAAACAGCGGUUGAACUCCAAAUCAAGAGAGUCUUGUCUCCUUCGAGGAGGUGGCUGUGUAUUUCUCUGAGGAGGAAUGGUCUCGGCUGGAUCCUGACCAAAAAGUACUCCAUUCUGAAGUCAUGCUUGAAAAUCAUAGGAACGUGGUCUCUCUGGGUAAUAAUGGGGAGGAGAAUCAAGAUUCCUCUGAACUGUUCCAAGGGAUCAAUGCUAAGGAUGAAAAAGAGAAAUUUGGAAUUCAAAUGGAAUUAGAAAGCCAUGAGAGAAACCAGUCAUAUAAUUGGAAUCAGGAAAGCUCAUCUUCCACCGAUGCACAACAAGAAAAAAUAAGGAAAAAAUAUAUUGCCAAAAGUGAGAAGCUAAUCAAAGAUAAAUUACAUGUAAACGAACACUAUUUAACUCAAAACAAAGGAGAAGAUGCUAUAAGACACAACAGACAAAAUUGCAAUGAGACAUUUAUUCUUUCCAUUGGAAAUAACUUCCUUAGAUCUCAAAAAAUGAUUCACACAAAAAAGGAUCCUUAUAAAUGUUUGGAAUCUGGAAAACAUUUUAGAACAACUAGGCAACUUACUUCCCAUGAAAAUAUUCAUACUGGGGGGAAACAGUGUUCAGAAGCCCAGGCAACCCAGUCCCUCCAAGCAGCAGGAGAGAAACCAUAUAAAUGCAUGGAGUGUGGGAAAACCUUUAUUCAUAGCAAUGGACUUAGAAAUCACAAAAUGAUCCACACAGGAGAGAAACCAUAUAAAUGCAUGGAGUGUGGAAAAACCUUUGUUCUGAGAAGUAGACUUACUAUCCACAAAAAGAUCCACACAGGGGAAAAGCCAUUUAAAUGCAUGGAGUGUGGAAAGACCUUUGCUCAAAGAGGUAAUCUUACUUCCCAUAAGAUGAUCCACACAGGAGAGAAGCCAUUUAAAUGCAUGGAGUGUGGAAAGACUUUUGCUCAAAGAGGUAAUCUUACUGCCCAUAAAAAGAUCCACUCAGAAGAGAAACCAUUUAAAUGCAUGGAGUGUGGAAAAACAUUUGUUCAAAGAGGUAAACUUACUUCCCAUAAGAUGAUCCACACAGGAGAGAAGCCAUUUAAAUGCAUGGAGUGUGGAAAGACCUUUGCUCAGAGAUAUAAACUUAUUACCCAUAAGAUGAUCCACACAGAGGAGAAGCCAUGUAAAUGCAUGGAGUGUGGAAAGACCUUUGUUCUGAGAAGUAGACUUACUAUCCACAAAAAGAUCCACACAGGAGAAAAGCCAUUUAAAUGCAUGGAGUGUGGAAAGACCUUUGCUCAAAGAGGUAAUCUUAUUUCCCAUAAGAUGAUCCACACAGGAGAGAAGUCAUUUAAAUGCAUGGAGUGUGGAAAGACUUUUGCUCAAAGAAGUAAUCUUACUGCCCAUAAAAAGAUCCACUUAGAAGAGAAACCAUUUAAAUGCAUGGAGUGUGGAAAAACAUUUGCUCAAAAAGGUAAACUUACUUCCCAUAAGAUGAUCCACACAGGAGAGAAGCCAUUUAAAUGCAUGGAGUGUGGAAAGACCUUUGCUCAUAGAUAUAAACUUAUUACCCAUAAGAUGAUCCACACAGAGGAGAAGCCAUGUAAAUGCAUGGAGUGUGGAAAGACCUUUGCUCAAAGACGUAAUCUUGCUUCCCAUAAAAAGGUCCACUCAGAAGGGAAAACAUUUAAGUGCAUGGAGUGUGGAAAGACCUUUGCUCAAUGCAGUUAUCUUGCUUCCCAUAAAAAGAUCCACUCAGAAGAGAAACCAUUUAAAUGCAUGAAGUGUGGAAAGACUUUUACUAAGAGCAAUGCUCUUACUUCUCAUAACAGAAUCCACACAGGAGAGAAGCCAUAUAAAUGCAUGGAAUGUGGAAAGAACUUUGCUCAGAAUUAUUAUCUUACUACUCAUAAAAGGAUUCACACUCGGGAGAAAGUAUCUAGCAAUAGCAAUUCUACUUUAGACUUAUACACCACUUCACAAAGCUUUAUAGCAGUCUUUGAGCAGUUUACAAAGACCGUGCACUCGCUGGCCUUAAUCCCUGGGGCUCCGCAUGAUGCGGGGGAGUCUGGCGGGGGGAGAUCCAGACGUGGCCCGGGUACAGAAACUCAAAGCCAUUUGAAGUCUUUGCAAGCCAAAAUUUUCUCUUGGGGGAAAAAAAAGAGCGGAAUAACUUGCAGGGAUCCUUCCUGGGACACCAGAAAUUGUCCCGUGAAGGAAAAGGCAUCUGGAGACGCACCGGAGUCCUUGGACCCAUCUGGAGUUGCUCUGCAGGACAGAGAAAGGAUGGAGACACAACCUUUUGCCAAGGAGGGAAGCGGAAAAGGCCCUUCAGCUGCUCAGCCUGGGAAGGUUUGGAAGCUCUGGACAAGCACUGGGCAGAAGAUCCUGGAGGAGGAAACCAACCUCCCUUCAGAAGUUCCGCCCCAAAAUUUCAUCCAAUACUGGGGGCCUGAGGGUCCCCGAGGACUUUGCAGCCGAAUCCAUGACUUUUGUAGGCGAUGGCUGAGACCAGAAAAGCACACCAAAGCCCAGAUGCUGGACUUGGUGGUUCUGGAGCAGCUCCUGUUCCUUCUGCCCCAAGAGAUGGAGGGUUGGUUGCGGGAGUGUGGAGCAGAGACCAGCUCCCAGGCGGUGGCCCUGGCCGAAGGCUUCCUUUUGAGCCAAGCGGAGGAGCAGAAGGAGCAGGCCGAGUUGCAGUGCUGCACUGUGGAGAUCAGAGAUUCUGAGGGAAAGAAGAAUGCAUCCAACCCCCCUCAGAAGCUAUUUUUCAGUGGGAUCCCUUGGAAAGACCCAAGUCAAAUCACCUUAGGAGAGAAGCAAAGAAUGAAGAUUUCUGGUUUUUACGAUGGAGUUCAAACAGUGGUUGAAUCUCCAAAUCAAGAGAGUCUUGUGUCCUUCGAGGAGGUGGCUGUGUAUUUCUCUGAGGAGGAAUGGUCUCAGCUGGAUCCUGACCAAAAAGCGCUGCAUUCAGAAGUCAUGCUUGAAAACCAUAGGAACAUGGUCUCUCUUCUGGGUAAUAAUGGGCAGGAGAAUCAAGAUUCCUGUGAACUGUUCCAAGUGAAAAAGGCUAAAGAUGGAACUGAGAAGUUAGGAUUUGAAAUGGAAUUUGAAAGCCAUGAGAGAAUCCAGUCAAAUAAUUGGAAUCAGGCAAGCUCAUCUUCCACUGAUGCUCCGAUGCAAGACUUUCUUGCCCAACAAGAGAAAAUAAGGAAAACAAAUGUUGGGAAUAUAAUCAAAGAUAAAUUACAUGUAGAUGAACACUAUUUGACCCAAAACAAAUGCAAAGAGCACGAUAACAUGUUCAAAAGUGGUAGUAAUCUUAUUUCCCAUAAAAGGAUCCACUCAGGAGAGAAACAAUAUAAAUGCAUGGAGUGUGGAAAAACCUUUGCUCGUAACAGUGGGCUUAGAAACCACAAAAGAAUCCACACAGGAGAGAAACCAUAUAAAUGCAUGGAGUGUGGAAAAUCCUUUACUGUGUGUAAUAGACUUACUAAACACAAAAGGAUCCACACAGGGGAAAAGCCAUAUAAAUGCAUGGAGUGUGGCAAGACCUUUGUUCAAAAAUCUAAUCUUAUUUCCCAUAAGAUGAUCCACACAGGUGAAAAGCCAUAUAAAUGCAUGGAGUGUGGCAAGACCUUUGCUCAAUGUAGUUAUCUUUCUUCCCAUAAAAGGAUCCACGCAGAACAGAAACCAUAUAAAUGCAUGGAGUGUGGAAAAACCUUUGCUCAGAGUAAUGCUCUUACUUCUCAUAGCAGAAUUCACACAGGAGAGAAGCCAUAUAAAUGCAUGGAAUGUGGAAAGACCUAUGCUCAGAAUGGUAGUCUUACUUAUCAUAAAAGAACCCACACUCGGGAGAAAGUAUCUAGCAAUAGCAAUUCCACUACAAACUUAUCUACUACUCCAAAAAGCUUUAUAGCAGUCUUUGAGCAGUUUACAAAAUCAGCAUAUCGUCCCAAGAAAUCUAGGUCCUCUCAUAGGCUGAAUCAAUUGAAAAGGCAUCUGGAGACCCACCAGAGUCCUUGGACCCAUCUGGAGUUGCAGGACAGAGAAAGGAUGGAGACACAAACUUUUGCCAAGGAUGGAAGUGGAAAAGGCCCUUCAGCUGCUCAGCCUGGGAAGCGGGGGAAGCUCUGGACAAGGACUGGGCAGAAGAUCCUGGAGGAGGAAACCAUCCUCCCUUCAGAAGUUCAGCUCUGUAAUUUCAUGCAACACUGGGGUGCUGAGGGUCCCCGAGGACUUUGCAGCCAACUCCAUGACUUUUGUAGGCGAUGGCUGAGACCAGAAAAGCACACCAAAGCCCAGAUGCUGGACCUGGUGGUUCUGGAGCAGUUCCUGGCUCUUCUGCCCCCAGAGAUGGAGAGCUGGGUGCGGGAGUGUGGAGCAGAGACCAGCUCCCAGGCAGUGGCCCUGGCUGAAGGCUUCCUCCUGAGCCAGGCAGAGGAGCAGAAGGAGCAGGUCCACUUGCAGUGCUGCACUGUGGGGAUUAGGGAUCCUGAGGAAGAGAAGAACCCAUCAAAUCCCUCUCAGAAGCUAUUUUUCAGGAGGAUCCCUUGGAAAGAUCAAAGUUGGGACACCAUAGGAGAGAAACAGAGAAUGAAGUUUUCUGGUUUUUACAAUGGACCUCAAACAGCGGUUGAACCUCCAAAUCAAGAGAAUCUUGUGUCCUUCGAGGAGGUGGCUGUAUAUUUCUCUGAGGAGGAAUGGUCUCAGCUGGAUCCUGACCAAAAAGCUCUGCAUUCAGAAGUCAUGCUUGAAAACCAUAGGAAUGUGGUCUCUCUGGGUAAUAACGGGCAGGAGAAACAAGAUUCCUGUGAAUUGUUCCAAGUGAUAAAUCUUAAAGAUGGAACGGAUAAGUUUGGAUUUCGAAUGGAUUUCGAAAGCCAUGAGAAAACCCAGUCAAAUGAUUGGAAUCAGAAAAGCUCAUCUUCCACUGAUGCUCCGAUGCAAGAAUUUCUUGCCCAACAAGAGAAAAUAAGAAAAAAAUAUAUUGGGAAUAGUGUGAAGCUAAUCAAAGAUAAAUUACAUGUAGACGAACACUGUUUAACCCAAAACAAAUUCAAAGAGUAUGAUAACAUGUUCAGAAGUGGUAGUAAUCUUAUUUCCUAUAAAAGGAUCCACUUAGGAAAGAAACCAUAUAAAUGUGUGGAGUGUGGGAAAACCUUUACUCAUAGCAAUGGACUUAGAAACCACAAAACAACCCAUACAGGAGAAAAACCUUAUAAAUGCAUGGAGUGUGGAAAAACCUUUACUCUGAGCAAUAGACUUACUAUCCACAAAAAGAUCCACACAGGGGAAAAGCCAUUUAAAUGCAUGGAGUGUGGGAAAACCUUUGCUCGAAGAUGUAAUCUUAUUUCACAUAAGAUGAUUCACACAGGCGAAAAGCCAUAUAAAUGCAUGGAGUGUGGAAAGACCUUUGCUCAAAGAGGUAAUCUUAUUUCCCAUAAGAUGAUCCACUCAGAAGACAAACCAUUUAAAUGCAUAGAGUGUGGAAAGACGUUUACUAACAGCAAUGCUCUUACUUCUCAUAACAGAAUUCACACAGGAGAGAAGCCAUAUAAAUGCAUGGAAUGUGGAAAGACCUUUGCUCAUAAUGGUAAUCUUACUUCUCAUAAAAGGAUCCAUGUUCAGGAUAAAGUAUAUAGCAAUAGCAAUUCCACUUUAGACUUAUAUACCACUGCACAAAGCUUUAUAGCAGUCUUUGAGCAGUUUACAAAGUCAGCAUAUUGUCCGUAGCAAUCUGGGUCCUCAUUUUAACUGACCUGGCAAAGAAUAAAGGCUGAAUCAAGCAUGAGUUGGUCAGGACUGAACUCCUGGGUGUGAGCAAUUAGCUUGUAGUACGGCAUUCUAACCUCUGACUCACCAUGUCUAUAGAUUUUUAUGUUUAUGCGUAUUGUGCCUUUCUGAUCCAAAUGAGACAAGGUUGGUUCCAACAAAGUGAAAUUUAAUGUGGAGAAAAGUAAAGUUUUACAUCUGGGCAGGAAAAACAUUACAUGAAACCUGGCUCAAGAACAGGGUUGGGGUUAAUAUAUAAAACCAUCCCACUUUGCUUUUUUUGUGCUAAUGAGCAUAGUUUCCCAAUUUUUAGGAUAUUCCAAUAAUUUAUUGUAUUUUUUUUCGAUGUGGCCCUCUUGAAGACAAAUAAAAUAUAAUUUUAACUUUC